AUGUAUGCAAAGACAGAAUGCUGUUUGUUAGAUUCAAUUAAGGGCAAGGUGAUCCUCUGCGUGUCAAACGGCCAGGGAGGCUUCCAGGAGGUGGUGCUGGAGACGUGCACUCAGGGCACUACCAGGUGCAGUGCCGAGCAGGGGACCUGCGUGACUGGCCCCACGGCCUGCGGCGCCGACACAACUGGCAGCAUUCACUGCAACGGCCUCGGGUAUUUCCCAGACCCGUACAACUGUAGCGUCUACCACUUCUGCCCUGCCGUGGGCUACUAUUCUCAGCGAAUGGAGUGCCCUGCCGGCCGCGCCUACAAUCCUCUCACGAGUGACUGCAGCUUCCGGACGACGGACUCCGUCUGCACGAGUGGCCCCGUCCCUGCUUGCGUCAGCGAGGGUCAGACUGGAGCACUGGCCACCGACCCUAGCAUGUACUACGUCUGCGUAGUCGACACUAGUAACGUACUGACCCCAUCGCUCUUCAAGUGCCCCAACGGAGGAGUGUAUAACCCCGCAAUAUAUACCACCACCACAUCCAGCUCUGCCCCCAUCCCAGGAACUCCCUGCUCGCCACCACUGAUCAGGGUCGCCGACCCGGAUGACUGCACACGCUACUACGAGUGCAGCGAGAACUGGACGUGGGUGCAUGCUGCCUGCACCUACGGUACCUACUACAACCCCGUGCACAGCAGCUGUGAGUUUGGCUUCUGCUAA